UUUACAACAAACAAACCAACCACAUUGUUCUUCAUUCAUAUCAUAAGAACAAAGAAGAAUUAAAAAAAAAAAACAGCAGCCUUUUUGUGGAUUCCAAUGGCUGAGUUUGCGAAUGUCACCGAGUUUGUGAAUGCUGGCUACUGGCUUGCGAGCACCGACGACAGGCUCCCGGCUGCCAACAUCGACGCUACACUCUUCACCCAUCUCUUCGCUGGCUACGCUCAGCUCAACUCCGGCACUUACCAAGUCACCGUUGAUCCUUCACAGCUCAUCCUCAUCGAUCAGUUUUCUUCAACCGUCAAACUCAGCAACCCUGAGGUGAAGACUCUGUUGUCCAUUGCAGCAGACGCCGCCGUCUUCGCCGCAAUGGCUGCAGACCCUACAAACCGCGAUGCCUUCAUCAAGUCCUCCAUUGCUGCAGCCAGAGGCGGUGGGUUCGAUGGCCUCGACCUCCAGUGGCUAUACCCUUCUUCUCAGGACCAAAUGGACAACUUCAAAACCUUGAUCCAUUCGUGGCACCAAGCGGUGGUGGACGAUGCCACCAGUUUAAGCCUCCCGCAGCUGCUCCUGGUGGCCACAGUCUCCAAUCUUCCCUAUCUUCAGAGCAACAUUCAAUACCCAGCUGAUGCGAUCAACCAAAAGCUGGACUGGGUGAACCUCCUCUCUUAUGACUUUUACACCCCUGACUCCUCCAGGGCCGCCACAGGGCCAUCCUCUGCCUUCCACAAUCCCAAGGCCAAUGCCCUUUCAGCUAAUUUUGGGAUCAGGUCGUGGGCGCAGAGCCUCCACAAUCUGCCUCACAAGAAAAUCGUGUUUGGAAUUCCCUUCCACGGGUGGGCUUGGAAGCUUUUCAACUCUCACCAGCACACCCUGUUUGCUAAAGCGGAUGGAGCCGCCACCGGAGAAUACAUUGGUCCACACGGCCAAAUCUUCUACUCCGAUGUGCAGAAAUUUAUAGAGGACAAUCAGGCUGGUGUUGAGGACAAGGACAAGAGCUAUCUUGUUGCCUACGCUUAUUACGAGACAACCUGGAUUACCUACGAAAGUGAAUACACCAUUGCCGACAAGAUCGCACUCGCAAAGACCGACAAGGUUCUUGGUUACUUUGCUUUCAACAUUGCAGCCGAUGACGCUUCUAACACUCUUGCUAAUGCUGCCAAAUCCAAUUGGUGAUAUCUUAUUGUUGAACCCUCCAAUAAGAGCUAUGCUCCUGCUGCUCUAUGCUCUAUGCUCUAUGUCUCUGUCUCUGUCUUUUUUAUUAUGUUGUACCUUGUGUGGUGUUCUAAGGGUUGAAUAAAGUUUGUGGCGUGUUCCUUCCUA